CUUAUUUUUCUUGAAAGAUCAAAACAAGAAUAUAACAUUGUUACAAAAUUCUUUGUGAUAGAUUGUAAAAAUUAGAGAAUAAUGAUGACAAAGAAUGAAAUGAAAACAAUCAGAAUUGUGAUUAUAAUCAUGAUUAUGAUGGACUUCGUACAAGCUAAUCAUAAUCCUCCAUUAGCUCAAAUUGAUCAAAACAAUGUUCUCCUUAAAGGCACUGGAUGUGCUAUUCUUUGUGGCCUAAAAUGCGUGUUUACAAAAUUCCGUAGAAGUGACUAUGAGAAAUGUAUUGCUGAUUGUGAUGAUAAAUGUUAUGGAAAGCAUCACGUCUAUGAUUGUUUUAAUAGUUGCAGCUUGACCAAGUCUAUUGAUAACAACAUUGAUACUCGUGGUCUUCUAGCUUAUGUCAUGGACUCUUGCUUCCAAAAGUGUCAAAAUAAGUAAUAUUUUGUUUCAAGAAUGUUGAAAUAAAAGGUUGAUAGGAGAAAUGAAAUUCAUACAUCAAUAUAAUUGUAAUAAACAAUUCUUAAUGUUGUUUUAAUAUAUCCAAUUAUUUCCCUUUCAUUUGUCUGAAGUUCCU